AUGUCCGCAAUCCAGAAUCAACUCCAACAAGGCGCUGUCCCUAGCUCUGUGUCGAAUGUCUGCCCGCCAGGCACCAAAUUCCACGUCUUGGAAGUUGGAUGGCUUGAGUGUGACGAAGGCUUCGUGGUUCGAGGCGGCAACACAAGCAUGAAAAGCAACGAGAAAGAGUCUUUCGUCAACAAAAGACGAGAGAUGCCCAUGUACUGCAUCUUGAUCGACCAUCCCCAUGAGGGUCUGAUUCUUUGGGAGACUGGCUGUGGCAAGGACUAUCCCGAGGUCUGGGGCCCGGCUGUGUCUGAUAUCUUUGCUCGUGUGAAGUAUGAACCUCAGCACGAGCUCCGCGCAGCAGUAGAGGCGACGGGCAACAAAAUCGAAAAUGUCAAGAAGAUCAUCAUUGGCCAUCUUCAUUUGGAUCAUGCAGGAGGCCUCGACGAGUUUUUGGACAACAAAGAAGUUGAGGUCUGGGUCCACGAGAAAGAACUACUAUCUGCAUUCUGGUCCGUCGCCACGGGAGCUGAUGCUGGAGUGUAUUUGGGACAUUACCUUGAAUUGUCGUUGAACUGGAAAACCUUCACGGAUGAGCGCUUGGACUUCUGUCAGGGCAUCACUCUCCACCACUUGCCCGGACAUACGGAUGGUUUGGUUGGGAUGCAAAUCAACAUGCUUGAGACAGGUACCUUCCUCUUCAUCAGUGAUCAUUGCCAUGUCAUUGAGAAUUGGCGUGAUGGAAUUCCUCAAGGAUGGUUGGCAAGAGAUCACCCAGCCUGGUUCAGGAGCACUCAGCGUCUCAAGCACCUUGAGCGGAUUACGAAGGGCCAAGUUAUUCCCGGGCACGAUAAGGAAACAUUUCUAGCGCUUCAGAGGCAAGCCCAGGUUUUUACCUGA